AUGCCGCCAUCAUCGACUCGUUUCCCCGUGGUGAGCAUUGCCAAUGGCACCUUCUACCGCCACCACCCCAAUGCAUCGUCCAUCCACCCCAACCCGCCCCUGUUCAGCAACUUGAACUUCACUCUCCCCUCUGCUGCUGAACCGCCGAGGCAUUGGUCCAUCAUUGGUCCCUCCUUGAGCGGCAAGACGACGUUCCUCCAGCUUCUGAGGGGCCAGCACCUGUGCUUCCCUCCCACGGCUCGGAGCUUUCCAUACCUAUCAUCGGAUAGCGUGCCUCUCAAACUGCGGGUCCCCAGCCGGGCCAUUCGGUAUGUUGGGUUCAGCAACGAGGGCUUGUCCACGGGCCCGACUACAGCUGCAUAUCUGUCCGCCCGCUAUGAGUCCAAACGCGAGACAACAGAUUUCUCUCUCCGUGACUUUCUGCUGGGCAACACGGAGCUGAACGCGCUCAAGCGAGACGAUGAAGUACCGGAUUCUGCCCUCGUGGACCGCGUAGUGAGGGAUUUGAAGCUGGUGCAGUUGCUGGAUCUCCCAGUGGCAUUCCUGAGCAAUGGGCAAGGCAGGAGAGCCAGAAUUGCGAGAGCUUUGCUCAUGGCUCCCGAGGUGCUGCUGCUGGAUGAACCCUUCAUGGGUCUUGACCCCCCUACAGUCGCUGGCCUCAGUCCGUUGCUUCACGGACUUGCAAGCAAAGCCAGCCCCAGACUUGUCCUGAGUGCCAGGCCGCAAGACCCAAUUCCCGAUUGGAUUACCCACCUGGUCUACCUGCGGAGUGACUGUCAAGUUGGGGCGAUUGGCGAGAAGCAGGAAGUUCUAGAUAAGCUCAGAGAGUAUGUCAAGGGUGUGUGGAAUGGCUUGUCAAAGGAGGACGAAAAGCUAGCUGUGCAUAACCUUGUGCACUUGGGCAAGUCUCUCACGGCGAACGGCAUACAGGGAGAGGCAUUGCUGGAAGAAGAAAGCACCUCUGCCGAGGAAACGGAUUUGAAUCAGGAUUCGCGCUCUGCACAAACGAUAGGAGCGCCGCUUGUGGAAAUGGACGGCUGUCAGGUCCAGUACCGAGGCAAGAUCGCCCUGGGAAACUGGACACAAGAAGUCGACGGCGAAGAGAAGACAGGUCUUGUAUGGACUGUGCGAAGAGGUGAACGAUGGGGCAUCUUCGGCCCCAAUGGUUCCGGAAAGACGACGAUUUUGUCACUGAUCUGCUCCGAUCACCCCCAGACCUACUCUCUGCCCAUCAGGCUCUUCGGUAAGAGCAGGCUUCCGGAGCCGGGUUCUAGUACUCUACCCCUGACAAUCUGGGACAUCCAGGCCCGUAUCGGACACUCAAGCCCAGAGAUUCACCAGCUCAUUCCCCGCAACCUAACAGUGCGGAAGGUCCUCGAGAACGCGUGGGCUGAUACCUUUGGCUCCAAGGCGUUGCUUGAUGCUGAAAGUAAGGAGAAAGUAGACGCCGUGCUACGCUGGUUCGCACCCGAGCUCAAUCCGGCGCAUGCGGCAUCGACCGAGUCGGCGCCCGAAAGCGACCUGAAGUGGGCGGACCACUUCAUGUUUGGCGAACUGUCCUUCUCCGCCCAGCGCGUCGCCCUUUUCCUGCGCGCCAUCAUCAAAAACCCGGACAUCGUAGUCCUCGACGAGGCCUGCAGCGGCAUGGACGACGGCGUGCGGAACCGGUGCCUGCUUUUCCUAGAGCACGGCGAGGCCAAGACGUACGUGACCAAGGAGGACGGGUCCGAGGUCGUGGUCGACAGCGAGGCAGCCAAGUCCGGCUCGGUCAAGGUCGCGGGAUUGACGCAGGACCAGGCGUUGAUCUGUAUCAGUCACGUCCGGGAAGAGAUCCCCGACUGUAUUCGUGAGUGGCUAUGUCUCCCUGAGGCAAACUCGGGUGACGCCGCGCGGUUCGGGAGGUCGAGGGGCCCGCUCGGACGCGACGAGAAGGGGUGGAGGGACAUCUGGGGCAUGAGUAUGUAA